GUCUGGUUACGAAUUGCGUCGUUCUCGGUUGGUCGUUCUCCUUACACCCUUUCUUUUCAACCAUGGUUCGAAGUCAGCACAGUCAUACAUACGAAGGGUCCACGAGCAUUUAUUUCGUCUGACUCGCAGCUCACACAUUUCACCUAAUUCACAACAUACUACGAUUCCGAACAAAGUCACAUGCAAGAAUAUUCGUACAAUAUGAAUCUCGACGAUAUAGCAGCUAUCCGUGCAGUCAGGAUUGCGCAUGCUAUGACCAUGCCUGCUGCAAUCCAUCCGAUGAAGGAGCAUGGACAGAGCAAACAGAAGGAGCAGAGCAAACAGAAGGAGCAGAGCAAACAGAAGGAGCAGACCAAACAGAAGGAGCAGANCAAACAGAAGGAGCAGAGCAAACAGAAGGAGCAGACCAAACAGAAGGAGCAGACCAAACAGAAGGAGCAGACCAAACAGAAGGAGCAGACCAAGAAGCCAGAAGCAGAGCAGGAGGCUGAGGAGACGUAUAGCGAAGGACACAGGAUGAUGGCUGGGGCGGAUGACGAGGAGGAUGAUGGCACCGAUGAAACGGGUGGUGAAGAAGGGUAGGAGCGAAGGAGCAGAGGGAGACGGAGGAUGGUGGGUUUGUUGUGUUUGGUUAAUGAAGGCACGUGGACUCUUUUCGAAAGAGUGCCACUUAUAUAGUACAACGAAGAGUCG